UGGAUUAGAAAGGAAAUGGAGCAUGUGGGCUUCAUGUCUUUCUCUACAAGGGCCUUCCUCUGAUUUCUUCAUUUCUAAUGCUUGACUCAUCAAAUUCAAUAUAGACCCAGAUGCUCUUUCACGCAACUGGUUCUGCUUAUCACUUCUCUGCUUUUGAUUUUUCAAUGAAAGAUUGAGUAUUAGUGAGUGAAAGUAAAGGUUGUAUAUAUAGGUUUUUGAUUGUUUUGCAUGGUUUGAGAUUGAAAUUGGAUUGAGAAGAUUUACGAGUUGUGAAUGGAAGAAAAAAGCAACACAAGAAGCAAAUUCAAGAGGGUUUGUGUGUUCUGUGGGAGCAACUCUGGUAAUAGGAAAGUUUUCAGUGAUGCUGCUCUGGAAUUGGGAAAUGAACUGGUAAAGAGAAAGAUAAACUUAGUCUAUGGAGGGGGAAGUGUUGGAUUAAUGGGUUUGAUUUCCCAGACGGUGUAUGAUGGAGAUUGCCAUGUUCUUGGUGUCAUUCCAAGAGCCCUCAUGCCUCUUGAGAUAUCUGGCCAAACUGUUGGAGAAGUAAGAAUUGUGUCGGACAUGCAUGAGCGGAAAGCUGAAAUGGCUCAAGAAGCUGAUGCUUUUAUUGCUCUUCCUGGAGGAUAUGGAACCAUGGAAGAGCUGCUGGAGAUGAUUACAUGGUCGCAACUGGGAAUUCAUAAAAAACCAGUUGGUCUGCUAAAUGUUGAUGGGUACUACAACUUUUUGCUUGCAUUAUUUGACAACGGUGUCAAAGAAGGCUUCAUCAAGCCAGGUGCUCGGCAUAUAGUUGUCUCUGCUCCAACAGCCAAAGAACUUCUAGUAAAGAUGGAGCAAUACACUCCGGCCCAUGAGCAUGUUGCUUCUCAUGAAAGCUGGCAGAUGGAGCAACAGGGCGAGUAUCCAAAGUCGCAAAAUCCACAGUGAAAUUCAUUUUGGGUGGUAGGUCUCUCUCCUAAAAUUGGAACCUGAUGUGAUUCAUCAUCAUUCUAAGUUGUGUACAAGAAUCUAUUCAUAUUGGACCACUUAUCGUGCAUUGCUAUUUACAUUUUUCCUUCAUUGUGAUUUGAAUUAUAGUAGAAUCAUCCUUGCUGUUCCACAACA